AUCAAAAGACAAGAACGCGUCACGUGGAGAAGUGCAAGCCGAGGCGGCGAUGCGCGUGCGCGGCUCUAUAUUUUUGUGUCCCAUAAGCCAUGGACCAUUCUAGAAACGACUUCCCCAACCCAAGGUCAAAGCCCUAAUCUCUCUUUCAGAUCUGCUUUCCAUUUUCCCUUUGCUCUCUCCAGUAUCUCUCAUCAUUCAGAUGCACUUCCGGUCAUCAUCAUACCAAAAUGCAGGUAUUGAGUUGGUUUACUUUUAUAAAUGGACUGCAAGAAGUUCAUCCAAUUGGUUGAGGAGAAGAAGAAGAGAGCUUUGGAGAAGAAAGAAGCCCCUUUAAAAUGGGAACAGAAGCUAGAAGCUGCUGCAAAGGCGAGGGCAGAUGCUGAGGCCAAAGAGAAGAGUUCAAAGAAGGCUAAGCACAAAAGGUGUGUUUCUGAUACUGACAGUGAGAGUGACAGUACUGACGGGGAAAUAAAAAGAAGAACCCAUAAAAAGCAUAGGAAGAACGCCCACUGUGAUUCUGGUGACCAUGAGAGGAAAAAGGACAAGAAGUCAAAGAAAAAGUCGAAGAGACAUUCCCCAGGUUCCAGUGAUGAUAUCAGCAAUUACUACAGAAGUAGUUCUGAGGAAGAGAGGAGGAAAAAGCGAAGCUGCCGAAGAUGGAAGCAUCAUGAUUCUAAAUCAGAUUCGGAAUCUCUUGUUUCCUCAGAUGAUGAUGACAAUGAGAUAGUCAAAAGAAACCACAGACUCCAUCGGCGUUCAGUGUCUGGUACUUCAGACACAUCAAGUGAUGAGAAUGAUUGUAGAAUUCGAAAGAGAAGCCACACAAGACACCACAAACACCGUCAGCGACCAGGGUCAAGUGGUUCAGAGUCUUCAAGUGAUGAAGCUGUUCAUGCACCCAGAAGGCAAAGCCAUUCAAACCACAAUAAGCAUCAUCAACGAUCAAACAGUGUUGUCUCUGGUUCACUAGAUUCCGAUGAUGAGAGACCUUAUCAAAGGGGCCGGUCAUUAGGUAACUCAUCGGAUGAUAAUCUUGAGUCAAGGAACAAUAGAAGUGGUCAGCAUCACCAUCAUUAUCAUCAUCAUUAUCAUCAUCAUCAUCACCGUCACCUUCACAGACAUCAACCACAUUCUGAAGCAAAGAAUCAUCUAUCUGGGAAUUCAGUUGAACCUAAUGGAAAGCAUCGUGAAGAUCACCUUUAGCGAAACCUGGAAAAGGGUACAACUGAAAUAUUGCUCAUGAUCAUUAGAAUUGAUAAGCAUAAUCCUAUUCUAAUGUUUGACAAGUGUUUUCCUGAUUGAGGAAUGUAUUACAAGUGCUUAUGUGGCUACAGUUAUUGUUACCUUUUAUCGAUGCUAAAUUUGUGGUAGACUGAAAUACUGAAAUUUACUUUUUCAA